AUCGGCGGCGCGCUCAGUGAGUUGUGCGCGUGGAGGAGGACAUGUAAACAUCACUCUUCAUCCACAUCAUCUUCAGGUCAUGGAGACUCUCUCGGGCAGCUGUGCGGGUGAUUCGGGUGAUGUGCCCGUCAAGCGUCAGGCGGUGAAGAGACACUAUCACAAACACAACGUCAAACACAGAUACGAGUUCCUCGAGACUCUCGGGAAAGGCACGUACGGACGGGUGAAGAGAGCCGUGGACCGGUCCGGCAGAACGGUGGCCAUAAAAUCCAUCAGAAAAGAGAAGAUCAAAGACGAGCAGGAUUUAAUUCACAUUCGUCGUGAGAUUGAGAUCAUGACGUCUAUCGCUCACCCUCACAUCAUCACCAUAUAUGAAGUGUUUGAGAAUAAAGAUAAGAUGGUGAUUGUGAUGGAGUACGCGAGCGGUGGAGAUCUGUACGACUACAUCAGUGACAAACAGCACAUGUCUGAGAAUGAAGCCAGACAUUUGUUCAGACAGAUCGUGUCUGCCGUCCAUUACUGUCACAAGAACGGGAUUGUUCAUCGUGACCUGAAACUGGAGAACAUCUUGUUGGAUGACAACGGAAAUAUCAAAAUUGCUGAUUUUGGGCUGUCUAACCUGUAUCAGGGUGAUAAGUUCCUGCAGACGUACUGUGGGAGUCCUCUCUACGCCUCUCCAGAGAUCGUCAACGGGCGGCCGUACAGAGGUCCAGAGGUGGACUGCUGGUCUCUGGGUGUUCUGCUCUACACGCUGGUGCACGGAGCCAUGCCGUUUGACGGACAUGACCACAAGAACCUGGUCCAACAGAUUAGCUCUGGAGACUACCGCAAACCAAGCAAACCUUCCGAUGCGUGUGGUUUGAUCCGCUGGAUGUUGAUGGUGAACCCGGCACGUAGGGCGUCUCUAGGCGAGAUCGCCGGACACUGGUGGCUCAACUGGGGUUAUCAGCACCCCCUGCUGCCUCAGAACGAGACCGCAGCUGCCCAUCGAGUGACCGGCGCAUGUCAGACGGGCAGCUCCACCCGCAUCGCCGACUGGUUGCGUCGCACCUCUCGUCCGUUACUCCAGAGCGGCUCGAAGGUGCGCUGUCUACUGCGGUCAGGUGGAGCCGCCGGAGGGGACCCGGUCCAGCGCCAGCGCUCCGUACGCAGGUCCCGCAAAGAAAAUAACGUCUCUCAGACGAUGCAGGAAGGCUCCGCCCCACGGCCCUACAAAGGCAUUCUGAAAAAGCGGGGCAGUCUGAAACAGAAACCACCCGCCGACGCCCAGGCCAACAUGUGUGCAGAGACACCCGCCCUGCCCCCGCCCCCGCCGCCUAAAGGCAUCUUAAAGAAGCCUUCUGAAAACAAGUCUGACUUUUAUUCCUCAUCCCCAGAGAGCCUUGAAGACAUCCCGUGCCCGUCGUCUGCGGGACAUCGCAAGGGUAUCCUCAAACGCCGCGGCAAGUUUUCCAGCGGCCUGAAAGAAUUUGGCUCAAUGGACCAGCUGGCGCCCACGUUACCCGCAGGCGGAGACAGAUCCCGACCAAGCGGAGCCAUCAGCGAGGAGAGCAUCCUCUCCUCGGAGUCCUUUGACAGACUCGACCUGCCUGACCGCGAGAUCCCGCUCGCAUCGAUGGAGCGGCCAUCAGGGGGCAGACGCAUGCGAGGAUGCGUGUCCGUGGAUAACCUACUGCACCUGAGGGAGGACAGGCCUGCUCAGCGGCAGGGACACUGGGAAAUGGACACAGACUGUUACCGUGCAGGAUUGUCUGAAAGCGUGUUUACAAUCUCGGACUGCGAGAAUGUGACUCAGACUUACAAACAAGUGUUUAGCGUAGCGUAGCGCCAAAUGGUGAAUCUGCCAUGACGACGCACCCUUUCAGUUCUGCUCUGGGAAUGUGCAGACGGCUCUCGUGAGGCAUGGAUGCGUUUCUUCUGGGAAACCUUCUGGAGCGACGCCAUGGGCUGGUAAAGGAGCCGAUUCCGAGCAGACAGGAAACAGAGAACAGGAAGUGCUGUGCGACUGGUGUACUUCAUUCUGACAGGAAAACAGUUUGUGUGACUGUGCAUAUUUUUAUUAUACACUUGUUCUGAGGGAAAGUUUGGUUUUGUUUUGUAGGCGCUGAUGAACCCAUUUGCCAUUUUAAGGUUUUGGAUUAUAGAAAGGGUACCAAAGAGCAAGUUAGGAAUUGAUUGUAAAUUCAGCUCAACUGUUAAUGUGGGUUGAUUACACAAGCGUACACAAUAAGUAUAUCAGCUAACAUGGAGACAGGGGUGACACAAGGACACAACACACACAAGAAUAUUUCCACAGCAAACAAACACUGAUAACGGAGGUUUAUUAUUCCUGCCAAUUUAGCGGCGCAGCAAACACAAUCGACUGUUAUCUCCUCAUGGCUUUAUGAAUUGUGGACUUUGUUCUGUUUCUUGAUAAAAGGGUAAUUUACGACGGCAGAUAACACACUGACCUCUUUAAACAAUGUGAAAGUUCUCAUUAUUAAACUGUCUUUCUUAAGUCAGUCCGUCAUGAAAUCAUGGAGAAAUGUUGUAUUAGCGUUGAUGUUUUGGUGGUUGUUUUAUUUAAGUGUCACGGGGUGUUUGAAGGUUUUCAGUGUUUGUAACAGUAACGUGUACAUUUGGUGGUUUGUUUUAACCGAGGCGGUGAGGUCUGUUUUUUAUUCGUUUGCUGACAUUGAGUUUCUGCAUGAAACUGUGGACCAAUAAAACAGCAGAAGAGAGAAAAACCUGCCUGGACUUUUAUUCUGUCUUUACGGAGAAGCCAAAAACGUUACACUGUUGUAGCAAAACGAUCUUUCAAAUAAAACUUAUGAAAAAAUAUUAAACGGCA